AUGGCUGCGGAAGGUGGACCCGUGGCCGGUGGCUCUGGACGAAGGGGGAUGUGCACUCUGAGGGCAAUAGCAAUCAGGAAGACGAGGAGGGUGGGGGAAGCAUUGCGGGUGAGGACCCCAAUCCCACCUCGGCAGGACCACUCACUGCACCGACGAGGCAGGGCCAAUCCAGAAGCGACCCACUGCGAAGUGGCACUUGCAAUCCGUCCGGCACUGGCAGCGCGUCUGCUGCUCGGAUGCGUGCAAGUGGACCGGAGUCUUUGGGCGGAGGGCAAUCUGCAGGCACAACAUCCCCGCGCUCCGACGCAUCUCAGCAGGCAGCGGGUGGAGUGCAUGCUGGUGGCGGGAGGACCUCCCAGGGCAUUCGGGCUUCGGAACAAACCGUCACGGGACAGUCACAGGUGCCAGGGACGGCGAAGGAAACACCGCAGGGCGAUGAAGGAGGAGAACCCGGAGCACAACACGAGGCCGACCAAACCACAAAAAUGA